AUGCAGGGCAAUGGAGCUGCCGCUGCCGCUGCCGCCGCCGCGGCGAGUGCAAUGGCUAUUGGACCUACACCUGCUGGGCACCAGGCCGAACUUAAUAUCAUAUACGGCAUGGUAGAAGAGCUGUCGCGUCAGCUUGCUGACAACCGACGCGUCACUGAAGAGAUUGUGUCCGGCUUGGGCCGAGUGAGGAAUAGGGCACGAGAACGGGGGCUCGGCAAUGAGGAACUCCUAGGCGAAGCUACGGACGAACUGUUUGCCCAGGAGCCUAACCUAGAAGCCAUGCUGUCCAUCCUCACCGAAUCUCUCGACCGCGCCAAGCAAUCGCGAGAUGCUAAUUUCACAUUGCUCGCCACGUACGCCAAGGUCUUCGAGGGCAUAAUAAACCAGUUCCACGUCUACAAACAAAAACAUGUUGCCGAUGUCGCUGCAUGGCAUCAUUCGUACAGGGCCCAGCUCGCGGAAGCACGUGCCGAGAACUGCCGGUUACGGGAGCAGAUGUGGGAAGUGCAGCAACAUGCAAGCCGUGCGAAUGACCUUUUACGCGACUUUCGCAAGAAAUUUGACGAGGAUCAGACUCGGUGGGAUAAGCGGAUACGUGAAAGAGCCACCCGGCAAGAACUUCGAUUCUGGAAACGGAUGGCGAUGCCCGAAGUCGAUGAUAAUGAGACUGGCUUCUGGAGUGACGACGAUGAUCUUGUUGAUCCAGUCGAGAAAGAGCGUUUAAAGAAGGUAGAACGUGAAGUUGCCGAACAAGCUCUGGCAGGUCUCGGAAGCGCCAGCAGCCAGCAGAGUGAAGAUUCUGAAGGAGAAGCCAGUGAGCUGGUCGGAGGCGUCGCCAUGGAGAGGGAUAGAGACGGAAGCUUGAUGUCUACUCCGCCCCCACGGCCAGCCAGCACGGGAAGUACAGGGGGACAAACUGGCUAG